AUGUACAAGUACGCGCUUGUUCUACUCAGUGCCGCCGCCCUGGUCUGCUGCGACGACGCGAGGAAGCAGAAACACGUCGACCCGUUCGCCGCUCUGGACCGGCACAUUAGCCACUCGCUCGCCUUCCACUACCUAUGGCCGUGGAGUCAGCUCAUGCGCGCCGCCGCCGCCCUAGAUGUCGAGGAGAGCCUAGAAGAGCCCAAGAUCGUCUCGGAGCCGGACCGCUUCCAGAUAAUCCUCAGCGUGAAGCGCUUCAAGCCGGACGAGUUAAAAGUGAAAGUGAAGAACCGCUACAUAAUAGUCGAGGGAAAGCACAAAGAAGAGGACGACGAGAAGCGCUUCACGGCGAACCAUUUCGUGCAGCGGUUCGUUCUGCCCCCAGGCAGCAAACCAGAGGAGGUAACGGCGGUGCUGAAGGAGAACGGGAAGCUGUCGAUUAGCGCGCCGAAGCACGAGCUGCCGCCGCCGCCGCCGGAGCGAGACGUCCCCAUCGAGGUGUUGGCCCCCGAGGUGAAGACGGAGAGAAUUGGGGCAGCCGAAACCUCGACUUCGAAGGAGGUGCUGCCUCUGCAGACGUCGUCGGCGUCGCCGCUGGACCUCGAGGCGACCACGCACCUCGGGAAGAUCAGGAAGAAGGAACUCAAGGAGACAGCGAAGACCGCGAAGGACAACGAAGUCACCAAAGGGGGGGACGGCAACGGGUUGGACUACGCGUUGAUAGAGGCGGAAGAG